AUGUCGACCACAUCGCUAGUCGAGCAGCAGCAGCAGGAGCCAGGUUUCGUGAAGCUGGAGCUUCGAACUGCUUACGGGCCCGUCUAUCGUAACGUGUCGACGAACCCGCCGCGAGAUGCCCGGCCGGACGAGAUCCCGUUGAUCGAUCUCAGCCCCAUCUACGGCGACUUCAAAGCACGCAAGGCUCUCGCCCAGACCAUCAAGCACGCGGCCGAGAACACGGGCUUCUUCUACAUCCGCAACCACGGCAUCCCUGAAUCCACGGUCGACGCUGCACUAAACGCAGCGAAGACCUUCUUCGCACAACCCGAGGACAAGAAGAUGUUGGUGUCCAAGUCCCUGGGGAAGUGGUACAAUGGCUAUUCAGGGAAGAUGACGGCCAUGGCCAGUCCCACGGAAGGAUUGGACUACCGUGAAUCCUUCUCGUGGAGAUAUGAGCCGCAAUACGACCCGGACCCGAAGGACCCUGACGCCGUUCCGCCAGAAGUUCAGCCGUACAUCCGCGGCGAGAACUACGUCUGGGAGGGCACCGACCACCUGCCCGGGUUCAAGAGGGACUGCAUCGCCUACUGGCAGGAAUGCCUGAAGCUGGCGCGGCGGCUGGUCCGCAUCUUCGCCCUCUGCCUCAACCUGCCCGAGGACUACUUUGACGCCGUGACGACGUACCCGGGCAGCGACGGCGUUUUCAACUACUACCCCCCGACCAUGUCGUCGGCCGAGAAGAAGGACGCCGCCGAGAGCCAGGACGUCGGCCUCGGCUCCCACACCGACCUCCAGUGCUUCACGCUGCUGUGGCAGGACAUGAACGGCGGUUUGCAGGUGCUCGGUCGCGACGGCCAGUGGAUCAAGGCGACACCCGUGAAAGGCACCUUUGUCGUCAACAUCGGCGACUAUCUGAUGCGCUUGACCAACGAUCGCAUGAAGUCGACCGUGCACAGAGUCUACAACCGAUCCACGAUCGACAGAUAUUCGAUGCCCUUCUUCUUCGGCUUCAAUUUCAACGAAAAGUGCGGCGUCCUGCCUAGCUGCGUCGACGAGGACAACCCCCCAAAGUACGAACCCAUCUCGUGUGGCGACUGGUGUCAGUUGAGGUUCCAGCAGGGCGACAUGGACAAGGAUAAGGACAAGAAGGUGGCUGCUGUGUACUGA